GCAGGUUGCGGCUCUUGGCAGGACGCGGCAUUCCAGCACACAGCCUGGUUGUAAACAAGGUCGCCCGUCCGUCCCCGGGCACAGGGGGAGGGGCGGCUGUCCGGCCGGCCGGAUCCAGGCUCUUCCACCAGACUCGCUCACCCUUGACGAAUGUGCACUCAAAUGCCUUUGAGAAGACGCAGGGCGGCUCCGCCGAGCUCGGGCAGACCAGAGGACGCACUCCGCUAUAUUUAAAGGAUCGAGGCUGAGGUAAUCCGGAUAAUGUUAGGGUUGUGUAUGUCGUAGCUGGAAUUAAAGACAGCGCGUCCCAAUGCGGGCACCGGUGAUGACAGCUGCUAUUUCUGACGGCGACCCGCACUGGCUGCUAUAAAAAGGCCGAGAUGCGCUUCUACAGCAGCGUCCUGACACACUACCCUGAGGCCGCCUUUAAGGUCUCCAUCCAAGCAGCGGACACAGCGCCAGUGGAGAAGGUGAGCGCCGCGGUGACAGGCGAGGCCUCCUGCUCCCCCGACACCAUGCCCGCAUUCUCCAGUUGCGACCUGCUACCCCAGGCCCCGGGCUCGGGCCCGGCCGUGCACCUCUACACCUCGACCGCCAGGAUCCCUCUGCGGCCGCUGGAGAGGGGCGUGCCCGUGCAGGCACUGAACGACAGGGCUUUCGCCACAUCCGAGCGGACUGGUCGAGGCCGGGGCUUCGGGCUGGAGGAAGAAGAAGAAGAAGGAGACGAAGGAGAAGUCGGUGUCGGUGUCGGGUCGCCGGUGGAGGUUUGGGGCCGCGGCCAGGAGAGAGUCUCCGGAGAGGCAGAGGACGAGAUGGCGCGGCUGGGCAACGGGCCUGCGCUGGUGAACAGCCGAGCCCUCGAUUGCAGCCGAGCCGAGAGCCAUGAGCGAGGCCCGGCUUCGCAGGCAGGGGAAGUGGAGCUGGCCACUGGGUACAGAACGGUGGACCUGGUGGUGGAGAACAGGUCGGAGAAACACGCCCGGAUCGCGCGCUACUGGGCCGAGGUGGAAAAGCAAAACACUUACUUGAGGGAGAAGCAGAAGUACAGGUUUCACAGCAUCCCCGACGGCAACUGCCUGUACCGGGCGGUCAGCAAGGCCGUCUAUGGUGAUCAGACCAUGCACAAGGAGCUGAGGGAACAAACUGUGUACCACAUUGCGGAUCACCUGGACGAGUUUAACCCCAUCAUCGAAGGUGAUGUUGGAGAAUUUCUGAUCAACGCAGCUCAGGACGGGGCAUGGGCUGGUUACCCGGAGUUACUGGCUAUGAGUCAGAUGCUGAAGGUUAAUAUCUACCUAACCACUGGAGGUAGCGUGGAAAGCCCAACCGUGUCCACUAUGGUACAUUGCCUAGGUCCCGAAGACCAGUCCAAACCCAACAUAUGGCUGAGUUGGCUGAGCAAUGGGCACUACGACGCAGUUUUUGAUCAGUCGCUUCCCAACCCAGAGUACGAAACGUGGUGUGCACAGACACACGUUCAGAGGAAAAGAGACGAAGAACUGGCCAAAGCCAUGGCAGCUUCUCUUUCAAAAAUGUACAUUGAACAAAACGGUUGCUUUUGAGUCCUUCCGCGUUAUAGAGUUUGUCAGGACUUGAGGUUCCCUGAUAGGCUAGUGAACCUAAAUGAGUAAGACUGGCACUCUGAAUUGUAGAUAUUGUUGAUACAGUUUUGAUUUAUUCUUUUAUUUUAAAUUCUUACACAUUCUGAUCAGGCUAAUGGCACUUUAAAUGGAUCUUAAAAUCUAUUAUAUAAAUAACGCCUUAAUUCAAUGUGUGAAUUCAUGAAUGUUUAACCAAAUGGUCGAGCUUAGACUGAUGAAGGUUUUGGGACACCUGAGUUUUAAUCGGGUUUAUUGGAGUUAAGAGACCACAGAAUUGAAUGGGAAAAUGUCUCAUUGAUAUUUUUGUAAUAUUUUACAUUUCUGGUGUUUGGAAAAUGACUUGUUUAGUCUCUGCUUUUAAGAGGUUUUAUUUCUUUUGGAGAACACUUUAGAAAGAUUUGUUUAUGUUGCAUUUUAUGCAAUCAUUGUUUUAUUGGUGUAUUACCUCUUUUAAGUUUAUGUAUUCUGGCAGGUGGCUGGUUGCUAUUAAAUUGCUGCCUUGAUUUUAUAAUUUGAGGUUUCAGAUCUUCACAAACUUACUUCACAGUUGUUGAUUUUUGUUGUCUUCUGUUAUCUGACCUCUCACUUCUGAUUUUUAUGUUGUCCAAGAUACAUUUAACUUCUAACUUCCUGAGAUGGUUUGCAGGGCCAAGCCUGUAACCAGUUUGCAACUGUUGUAUUUGUAUUGAUUAUACAUUUAUUAAUCAACAUGGAAUGAAUAAAACUCAUAACAUUUCUCAUAA